AUGGCCUCCUCCGUGUCUGCUGCUGGAGAACAAGAAAUGGAAGUGGACCGAAGAGGAGAGUCGGAGGAAUCUGGAGAUGAUGAAACCAGACGGAAGAGCAUCAAUGGUGACGUGGAUCCUAAUCAACCCACUCCCACAAGUAAAGAGGAAUCUCCUGUUGACAUGGACACUAUCACUUUGGAUCCUGAGGAGGAGGAUGUUGAUCUUGUUCACUGUCGAAUUGGAAAAAUUGAAGGACUGGAAGUUUUACAAAAGGCUAAAACUCUUUCCUUACGACAAAAUCUCAUUAAAAAGAUUGAAAACCUUGCCAGCUUAAAGUUACUGCAGGAGUUAGAUCUUUAUGAUAACCAGAUCCGCAAACUGGAGAACUUGGAUAGUCUUGUGCACCUGGAACAACUUGAUGUGUCUUUCAACAUUAUACGUAAAAUUGAAGGUUUGGAGCAGUUAACCCAAAUGAAGAAACUUUUUUUGCUUCACAACAAAAUUGGCAGCAUUGCUAACUUGGAUCACUUUGCAAGCCUUGAAAUGCUUGAACUUGGAUCUAAUCGUAUCCGGGUAAUAGAGAAUCUUGAUUCACUUUCAUCACUGCAGAGUUUAUUUCUUGGGACAAAUAAAAUCACAAAACUUCAGAACCUUGAGGGCUUACAUAACCUGACAGUUUUAAGUAUUCAGAGUAACAGGAUUACUAAAAUUGAAGGGCUCCAGAACCUUGUCAGUUUAAAAGAGCUGUAUCUGAGCCACAAUGGCAUUGAGGUCAUUGAGGGAUUAGAAAACAAUAAAAAAUUAACAACGUUGGAUAUAGCUGCCAAUCGUGUAAAGAAGAUUGAAAAUAUCAGCCACCUGACCGAAUUGCAGGAGUUUUGGAUGAAUGAUAAUCAGAUAGAAAACUGGUCCGAUCUCGAUGAACUAAAGAAUGCCAAGAUUCUGGAGACGGUUUAUCUGGAAAGAAACCCACUGCAGAAGGAUCCGCAGUACAGGCGGAAGAUCAUGUUGGCUCUUCCCAGUGUUCGCCAGAUCGAUGCUACUUUCAUCCGCUUUUAA